AUGAAGAAUAUCUACUUACCAAAAGAAGAGGAAUUGUGUAGAGUAAGAAUAGAGAAAGUUCGCAUCACGUUUUGGGGAACAAUAGCAACAAAUUUUGAUUGGGAUGUAGUAAACAGCAAGUCGGGUCCUUUCAUAAUUGUAGUUACAUCUACUACAAUUAAAAAGUUUAUGGGUCAAUACUCCUUAUCAUCAACAAGUGCCACCAAAAUAUAUGUCAAUCUGCAAAUUCCAGAGGUCGACAAAAUAAGAUGCAGAAUGCCACAACAAGAAGAAAUUAUCAAAGUUACUCCUACAGCAACAGCUUCUAUCAUUCCAAUUGAAGAACAAAUGCUUGCUAAUAGGAAAACAAUAGCAGAAAUUUUACAGCUACAAUGGCAACCGAAAGCUCAGGAACAUCAAUAUACUGUCAUGGCAACAAUUGAUGCCAUUAAUUCAACAUUUGGUUGGCAUUAUACUUCUUGCAAUUCUUGCAAUAAAAAACUAGCAAUAGAAGAUGGAAGUCAAAUAUGUAAUACUUGCAACAAAGCAUGUGCUUACCCCAUCUCCAGGUACAAAAUACAUCUUCAAGUAUCAGACAUAACAGGAACUACAAGUUUUGUACUUUUCGAUAAAGAAGCAGAACAUUUACUACAUGUCAAUGCAACAUUGCUAAUGCAAAAACAAGGUUUCGGAAAUUUUGAAGUACCAAAUUUAAUCAACAAUUUGUGCGGAAAAAAGUUUAUCUUCAAAAUAAAGGUCAAUGAUUACAACCUCAAACAAGGUUUGGAAAAUUAUUCAAUUUCAAAAAUAUUCAAUCCAGACCACACAGCAAACAAGGACACCGACAAUUACAUUGAAAGAAAGGAUAACAUUAAAAAAGAAAAAGAGGAUGUCAUUAGGGUUCAAGAUUUAAGGGAUAAUCUCAAUUUGGAAGAACAUGAAGAAAAAAUGACGGAUGAGCAGACAACAAGCGUAUCAAUAGAAGAAAGUGUCACAGAGAAUGCUACAAUCCAAAAACAAAAGAAGACACCAAAAAGAAAAUUGAUCAAAAAAGAAAUUGAAACAUCACAUGAUGUUAUCAAAGAAGAUGCAACAAGCUCAGAGGAUGAUCAAACAUUACAAAAAUUCAAGGAAAAAGCAACUUCCAAGAAAAACAGAAGAAUCAAAAAAGUCAGGAAAUUCUCCCAAACAAUUACUGAUAAUAGUGAAGAAGACAAAUAA